CAAACACUCAAUAAAAUUACUGUCUAGCUUGCAAUGUUAGAACAUUGUUUUAAUCGGCGCAAUUUUUCAACUUACAUUAAUGACUUGAAUUAAUGAUUUAUAUUUUUAACUCACCUCAACUCGAACUAAUGAUUUAUAUUGUAGUAAUUUCUGACUGAAACAAUUAAGUUUUUAUUUACAUUCAAGUCAACUGAGGCUUUGUAAAUUUUGGAUAUGGAUGAUCCCGACUAUUUAUUUGCCUUAAAGCUACAAAAACAAUUAAAUGAAGAGGAUUCUGACUUAGAAGAAGUGUCUUACCAAGUACCAGCUUUGCCAAAACUAAUUGAUAUAAAGCAGCCCGUUAAACGUAGUAAUCCGCGCUCCAACCUAGAUGACGAGUUUUUAAAUCGCACUCAAAAUCUGGUUCACCCAGAAUGGGAGAAACUUGAUCCUACUCCCAAUAUAUUUGCGAUGUUCACGAAUUUUGACGAAAAAUUCUUUAAAGGGAAAUUAAAAUGUGUCUCUUUAGAGUGGAGCAAACGCAUGUAUUCAUGCGCUGGUAUUUGCUAUUAUCAAGGCAACAAGUUUGGCAAAUCAAUAACUGUGCGUUUAAGUGAACCAUUACUUAAGUUACGUCCACGUAAAGACUUGGUGGAAACAAUGCUGCAUGAAAUGAUACACGCUUAUUGCUUUGUUUUAAAUAUUCGUGAAGGUAACGGUGGACAUGGUCCAAAUUUUAAGAAAAUCAUGAAUGCCAUUAACAGAGUAGCAGGAACAAAUAUUACGGUUUAUCACACAUUCUAUGACGAAGUGGAACAUUACAAACAGUUCUGGUGGCGCUGUAAUGGUAUAUGUCAAAACCGUUCACCUUUCUAUGGUUAUGUUAAGAGAUCAUCAAAUCGUGCACCUAGCGCACAUGAUCAGUGGUGGUCAGAGCAUCAAAGAAGGUGUGGUGGAACUUUCUUAAAAAUCAAGGGUCCAGAUUUAGAGAAAAAAGGCGACUCAAAACGCAGAAAGACUACAGAGAACGGUGAUUAUACUACAGGUGGGAAUAAAGAAAAAUAUGAGGAUUGGAUUUUUUAUGAUGAGGAUCUUCAAGUUAAACUUAAUACUAUAAAUGUUGUUGAAAUAUCGGAUAGUAGUGGCUGUGACGAUGGAGACGUAGAGCUGCCAACACCUAAGAUACGAAAGGGAUUAACUGCCGAUGAAAGACAAAUAUUGAUAAAGCAGGAAAUAAUUAACGAAACCACAAACUUAGAUGAAUCUGACAUAGUUUUAAUCGACGACGAAUUUGAUGAUAAUUUAACAGUUGCUACGGAAUUAGCAGAUACGUCAAUAAUUGAUGAAUUAUUUGACGAAGAUACAUUGCUGAAAGAAUUUAAUCUCCAAAAUGAUGUAAUCCCAACCGGUUCACGUUAUAAGCACAACAAAAAUGAUGAUAUCAUAAAGUGCCCUAUAUGUCAAAACCAAAUGAAGCGUUCUGUAUUAAAUGAACAUUUAGAUGGUUGUAGCGGCAUAACAGAAAAAAUUUUGUUUCCUGCCAAAAAAGUGGGAAAUUCACUAAUUAAUACUCGUGAAGUAAAACCCAAACGGAAGCCUCGUGCGCCUAGGCCAUCAUCUAGGGAUUUAUUGCGAAACGCCGGUUAUACUGAAGAAGAUUUAGUUAACAUUGUUUCAUCUGAAAAUAGCGAUGAUACUAUCGGUUUAUCGGAUACUACAUCUCCAGGAAAUUCUACGACAUGUGAGCUUGAUGAUUCAUUUGAAAAUUCCAGGUCUUAUCGUCAACGGAAUCUUUUGAAAACCACACGUCAGUGUCCACGCUGUGGAUUAGAAUUUGAUGAUGACGUUCUUAUUAUUCAUAUAAAAAAAUGCAAAUAAUGAAAUCGUUAUUUUUGUUUAAUUAUUUUUGUUAAUGAAACU